AUGUAUGAAAAGACUUACGCAUGGUUAAGCUAUCGAGAGACGACCACGCAUGGCUUAGGCACCUUAUUUAUGGAUGCCCAGAAAAAGGAAGGAGCGUCUUGGGCCGAUCGCCGUGCUGUCGUAAUGAGAGCACUAAUGGACAUGAAAAAGCGGAAGCACACUUUGGUUGGAGGCAAUCCAUCUUGGAGUUUAUAUAUUGGACAAGUGUUUGGAUUCCUUUCACAUUGCGAGAAGCUCUUUGGCGGAUGUUUGUGCAGUUUCGAUGACGCUUGGAACGUAAGAAGAUGGAGGAAUACGAAUUCACUCCGACCAGGUAACGUCGAUAGACUGUGUGAUGCUACAACAGACAAGGCUCGUUUGUGUGAUAUUGAAAAGCGUAUUGUGCACGAGAUGAAGGAUGGGUUGUGUUUCCCGACUCCACUUCUUUUUGCUCAUUUAUGCUUGCCGAGUUAUGUUGCGAUGAUGAGCAAAUUCGCUUCGCUGCAAAUUUUAUUCUAUUUCAGUUUGGUUUUUCAGUACUUGUUGGAAUUGGCAUUGUUGGAUUCACAGUUUCGUGAUGAGGGAGGGCCCAGAGUGGCUCAUGCGGUCGUUUGUAUGUCUUUCGCUAUAGCAAAGCAAAGAGAUUCCAUUUUCGUAUCUGAAUGCGAUACUCUAGUGGAAGCCGAAGAAAAACUUUUUGAUCUGACGAAACUUCCAAUAGGAAGCACUCGCGACGUUAUGCGUAAAUUGGUUUAUGAAAUGGAUCGGGUAUGUUCAGUCUUAUGGUUUUUCUGA